AUGCUUGUCGCCUUUCUCCUCUUCCUUAUCGCCGAGCAGGUCUCCUCCACAGCACUACCUUCGCCGUUACACCAGUCCUCCUUUGCUGCUGGCAAUGCUCCCGUCCUCAUCGGCGAGAAGCCUGGUGAAGGCGGGCAUGAGAGAGACCCAAUCAGCGAGUGGUCCUCUACGAUAGGAAUCGUCACUGCGAUUGUAGGCAAUGUCCUUAUCUCGGUUGCCCUGAAUAUCCAGCGUUAUGCUCAUGUUCGUAUUGAGCGCGAAUAUGAAGGGAAUAUACUACGGCUGAGGGCCGAGUGGAAACGGACCUCAUCGCCACCAAGACCAGACGGGCCGACGAGCAGUUACAGUGACUACGGGACGGUAGACAGGGAGAAUGCCCGAAGUCAGGAUGAUGUCAGUGCAACCCGGUAUACUGAUGACCCGGAGGAAGGUGGACGACAGCGACCACGCAAGGCGCACACUAACGGAAAUGGACACGCUCAUGCGCAAAGCCAGGAGAAUCAAUCGUCAGAAGACGAGGGAGUCGACGACCUUUUGCAGCGCUCUUUCUUAUCCGACCGAACAGCGACCUCGUUUGAGAAGAGCAUAGCCGGUGUUGACAGAAAGUCAUACCUCCGUUCCUCAUACUGGUGGUUUGGCAUAGUCCUGAUGACUGUGGGAGAAGCUGGCAAUUUCCUGGCCUAUGGAUUCGCUCCAGCUUCCAUUGUUUCUCCCCUGGGAGUUGUUGCCCUGGUUUCGAACUGUGUGAUUGCGCCGUUCAUGCUGAAGGAGAGAUUCCGCCAGCGAGACUUUCUUGGAGUUGUGAUUGCCGUUGCUGGAGCUGUCAUCGUCGUCCUAAGUGCCAAAACAUCAGAACACAAGAUCGGUCCGGAUGAAAUAUGGGGUAUGAUUACACGCUGGGAGUUUGAGACAUAUCUCGGAAUCACCGUUGUUUUGAUUAUUGCUUUGAUGUCGAUAAGCAGAAAAUAUGGGAGAAAGACUAUCCUGAUUGAUAUUGGGCUUGUUGGAUUGUUUGGCGGUUAUACAGCUCUGUCUACCAAGGGAGUUUCUUCCCUUAUUUCAAACACACUCUGGCAUGCAAUCACAUUCCCUAUAACGUAUAUCCUUGUGGCCGUCCUGGUGUUUAGUGCUGUGAUGCAGAUUCGAUAUAUCAACCGCGCGCUACAGCACUUCAACUCGACGCAGGUGAUUCCAACUCAGUUUGUGCUGUUCACCUUAUCAGUUAUUGUGGGAAGCGCUAUAUUAUAUCGUGAUUUUGAAUCUGCAACCGGAGAAAGGGUUGCCAAGUUUGUUGGUGGCUGUCUAUUGACUUUCUUCGCCGUCUAUCUCAUCACGAGCGGGAGGGUCCAGAAGGAAGAUGAAUCUGAAUCCGAGUCUGAGACCGAUGAGGAGGAAGCUAUCGGUCUUCACAACGAGGAACCAUAUCGAGACUACGUUGACUGGCAGCAAGAUGGCGCACCAAUACCCAGAAGACAGAGUACUGAGAGCACCGGCCCUGGUUCAAAGACAAAGCCUUCACCAUCUCGCUCGCUCCAGAGCCUGGAAGAGGUCUAUAACGAAUCCGAGGAUGAGGAUGGACAGUUGACUCCGCGUGUCCGGAUAUCUGCUUCUCCCGGGUCUCUGCUACCCCCUAUCUCGAGCUCCUCUUCGAUUCUGGAUCCCUCUCCACUGCCUGCUAUUUCCAACCCCUGGGCAACCCCAAGUCAUGAGAGAGAAGAACCAGACUACCUUGCUGCCACUCCUGGUAAGGAUACCUUAUCCCGCAGUGCAGACGUCUACCCUCCUCCGACCAAUGUGGUCUUGCAAUUCCCGGCUGCCCCGGGCGCAACGGAUUCACCUCCUCGAAUUUCACCUCCCCAACUUGGUCCACAGACGCCUCAAGGAAGCCCUCGACGCCGCUCCCCAACCAGAGCAGAGCAGCAUAGCACGCACAAGCACUCCGGCCAGCCUCUACGAACUUCCGUCUCAGUGCAUCGAAACUCUCUUUCCCGAUUCUCCCCUGGUCCGCUUCUACCCCCGUUAUCAGGUGGAUUAAGCGCUGUUGUUGCAGACUCUCUACGACGGGGAGAAGGAUCCCCCCAACAACUCAGGAGAAGCUUACGCGGAAGCACCAGACACAACUCCAAGAAUAGGGUACGAGGAGGUAUUCCGCUUUACCUGGACGCAGCGCUUGAUCCUCGCCCUGUGGCCGAGACUGAAGUCGAGUCAGCUGGUACACCGAGGGACGGGCCUCAGAUAUCACGAUCAACUUCAACUACAGGACCAGAUGCAUUCCCAAGUGAACAGCAGCGGAUAAGGAGUUUGAGUGAUUCGUGGAGUGGCGGCCUGUUGAACUUUGGAGGCAACUUACGGCUCAGCGGCCGUAGGUCAAAGGGGAAACUUCCCACUGAGACCUCCGAAGAGCCCGCCAGCCGCCAACCGGAGCCAUGA